AUGUUGACGACGCCUUCACGGCUGUUCAAAUUGAUCAUUCCAUUAACAACGAUUGGCAACAAAGGUCACGAUAAAGAGAUUGAACCCAUCGCUAUCCUCGUCCACCCCCAACAACCACUAUCAUACCUAGAACGACUCAUCCAAUCCGAAGUACCCCCAAUAAUCGGCCAAACCGACAAACUUCGCCCACCUGCCGUAUCCUUUAUUGCCCUUCAACACGAAGACAACGCCAUCAAACCCAAAAAGAAGGUUGAGGACGACAUUGAUGUGGAGGCUCACCAAAACAGCAAAGACAGGGAUUACGUUCCCGGCAAUGACGGCGUCGGUGGCAGCAAACCAAAGGGCAGCAGACCUAUCCAGCGCCGCCGAUCCCACGAAGAAGAUGCCGAAACAAUCAGUUAUCCGCGCAAUCCAAGCUCCGAGGAAAUCCCCGAGGGUGAACCUGAGCGCUUCGUUCGUUGGUCCCAAGCCACCGAGGUCGGGGACUUUAUCCGUGAUGCCGCUAGAGCGGGAGAGUUUAUUGUCACCAUCGAAGGCGCACCGGAAGGUCUAGGUCAGAUCCGCGUUGCCGUGCCAUCUUUCAACGAACGGACGUAUUACCUUCGCAUGCGGCUUCGCAAGCUUGCACGUCGCAUUCAAACCAUGGCAGACGUCAAAGAACAGUGUGAUGCCCUUGCGCAUCGCGGAGCGCAGCGUGUGGCGAUUGGUGGAUUUGGAAUCCUGGCCAUCUGGUGGUUGACCGUCUACCGAUUGACAUUUGAAACUGACCUUGGAUGGGAUACUAUGGAGCCUGUGACUUAUCUGGUCAGUUUGUCUACCCUGAUGGGUGGUUAUCUGUGGUUUUUGUAUCACAACCGGGAGAUUUCUUACAAGUCUGCGCUUGAUUUCACGAUCAGUGCUAGACAGAAGAAGUUGUACCAAUUGCAUAAGAUUGAUUUGCAGCUUUGGGAGUCUCUUAUUGAUGAAGGAAACUCGCUGCGCAGAGAAAUUAAGAGCAUUGCCGCUGAGUAUGACGCUGAAUGGGAUGAGCGCGCUGAUGAACAUGAUCAGCGUGUUACGGAGCUUCUGAAGUCGGAUCGUCGACAGAAAAACGAGAAAAAGCAAGACUCUGGCGACAAAGAUGGCAAGGAGGAUGAUUGA